AUGUUCCUUUCAGCUUUCCCGCUGCUAAACAUGUGUUUGUCAGGAAAACAAGAAACAUUGGGGAAAAUGCAACGAGAUGUGGGUACUUUUUUGGAAAUACAUGCAGCCCAGUGUCAAUGUUGUACACCAAGACCCACAGAACUGAGGAAUGUAAUCAUUCACAAAGCACGCAGGGGUGUUCAAACGCCUGAACAAACUGGCAAUAGAUCAGCUGACCUUCUGUUUUUGGGCAUUUGCGCCGUUGUCAAUAAUAAUACACUCUUAAUCGAUACACUCGAAAUCUGUUCAAAUAUUCAUGGACAGAAGAAUGGUAAUACUCGAGCAUACGAAAACUAUGAUUAUUUUACUCACAAAUUUGUGAAGGCAGAAUCGAUAUCCCAAUCAUUGCUGCCUCGAGCGCUUAACAGCGCCAAUGAGGAAACCUCGCUGCUGUCAACGUGGACUUAA